AUGCCGUCGCGCGCGUUUCUCCUCCUCCUCCUCCUCGCCCUCGCGCUUCCGCGCGCCGCGCGCGCCGCGGUGACGUACGUCAAGCCCCACUACGCGUACGUCAGCGAGUGGUCGCCCGCGAGCGAUCGCGCGAGCGCGGCGAGCGCGCACUCGGCGGCGAUGCACGUGUACUCGACCGCGCUCGAGAACAAUCCGCGCGUGAAACCGUCGCGGUAUUAG